GGGGGGGGGUGUGGCGCGGGGGAAGAGGGAAAAAAGUCCAGUGAGCUUUCGAUUUCAAGGUUACAAAAGAAAGAAAAAGAACAAAAGAAAAAGAGGGGAAUAAAAGGAGAGAGAAAAAAUCCCAGAGAGAAAAUAAUCGUCCAUCAUAUCGCUCGACGAUCGCUCCAACAAUAAGAGAGUGAUAUUUUUUUUGAUCAAAUAAAAAUACUAAAGGAUAGAAAGAAUAAUAAUAAGAAGAAGGAGAAAAGGAAGAAAAAGAGAAGAAGGGGGAGGAGGAGGAGUUGGAGGAGCAGGAGGAGAUAGAGCAAAAUUCGAUGAUAACGAUUGUCCAUUGAAAUGAUUUAAAAUUAACCCCGAGUGAUAAAAGUUUAUACGAUGGAAUGACAAUGACAAGGCGUACGUGAUCGACGAAAAAAAAAAAAAAAAGAAAAGAAAAAUAAUCAUUCGUUCGAUUUAAUUAAUCGUUUGAUUUAAUUAAUCGUUUAAUUAAUACCGAUUAUUAUGAUCGUCAAGAAUCGUCGUAGAAGAUUGAAAAACUUUGCCGUUUUGUUCGCGUUUAGAAGUCCAAUGGACGGAUCCAAAUUAGCGUCCUAACCGAUCAGCUGUUAUCCGGAGGAGUAGGAGGAGGAGGAGGAGGAGGAGGAGGAGGAGGAAGAGGAGGAGGAAUAGGAGCAGAAGGAGCAGAGUAGUAGUAGUAGUAGUAGUAGUAGUAGGAAAAGGAGGAGGAGAAGGAGUAGGAGUAGGAGGAGGAAGUGGUGGUGAAGAAGGAGGAGAAGGAGGAAGAGAGGAAGUCGUGAUAUCUGGGAAGAGACUUAGGAUGGGCUGCAGAUCGGCCGUUAAGUUCACCGCGGAGGAAGGGUGCGAUCGAGGGCAACUCGAGACGACCACCUCGUCGUCGGUGAGGUGCACCGAGGUCAACGACCUCUUCACCGAAGCUAAGCGCCUGCUGCUGCUGCUAAGGCAGUUUGGCGAGAAGCGUGCCGGUGAAGAAGAAGAAGAAGAAGAAGACGAAGACGAAGACGAAGAAGAGGAAAAAGUAAGAACUAGGAGAAGACCGAUCGAAGAUAAAGAUAAAGAUAAAGAAAAAGAAGAUACGAGUCGGUGGUCGGUGGAAUAUAAAAAUUCUAUUAAACCUUACGUCCUUUACGAUAAUCGAAUAAUUAAUUGCCAGAAGGAAUUAUCCUCUGGAGGAAGAUAGCUGUAAAAUUAUAAUGCAGAGAUUCCGUUCGACCUUCAAAAGGUCGCGCACACCUACGGGCGCGGAAAUGAAGUCGCAGUCGAGUUUGGAAGUACCGAAACAAGUUAGAUCGGCCUCCUUCGAUGAGAUCCAAUUGGAAGCACAACGACAGGACGAUGGUGGUGUUGGUGUUGGUUGUACCGUUGGUUCAACCGGUGUUACAACCGGUAUCGCCGUUGUUGGUUCUUCUUCUUAUGGCGAGGCAUCGAGAUCACCAAGGACCACGUCCUCAUCAUCCUCCUCUUGUUCACCUGCAAGAUCACAGGAAUCAAUUGGACGUGGCGGUGGUAGAAGAUCGUCGACAUUAAGGGUACCACAAUUUCAAACGGGACAACGUUCGAAGAGUUUCGACGUUUACGAAAGAAACGUUGGUUUACCACCGUCGCAAUCCUCGUUAGGUGCUAUACGAAGAUUCAUCGAGACCCCGACUAUACAAGUUUCCGGUUGUUAUCAUUGUGCAUGCGUCGAGGAAUACAAAAGUCUUUUUCUUAGUAGAGACGACGAUGAAACUACUACGACCAAUACGACUGCUUCAUCGUCGCGGGACGAUGAGGACGUCGACGUAGACGAUGACGGGAAUAACGGGGACGACGGCGGGGACAAUGUGGACGUAUCCGUGACCGAGGAGGAUCGCGAUGUCGAUGAAUUCAUCGAUGAUGUCGCGGAUGAAGAUGAGGAUGAAGAAUAUCGAUCGGAGGACGAACAGUUUGAUUACAAGGUUGAAUCUAAGAGAGACGGUAGCCCAGAAAUAAGGGUAACCUUUACCGCUUUCAAUGAAAAUAUUACAGAAUCGCCCCCAUAUUCGCCGUCACCUUCGUCCAAUGUAAUAAUCGCCAAUGUCCCUGACAAUGAGAAAGCCAAUGAAGGUGGAGGAGAAGGAGGAGGAGGAGGAGGAGGAGGAGAGAAGACGACGGUGGUCAUCGAUACCUCCAAUCUAACCGGUACAACUACUACUACCGAGGUCACCUCCGAGGUCAAGGACGAAUUAUAUCCCGAGAGACAACGAAGAAGGUCGAUAUCAUAUCCGAAAUUGUCGAGACAAGAGGCACUUACCUCUUACCCUCCCUACUUAUCAUCCUCCUCACCUUCGGGUUCGCGAGAGGACGAAGAGAAGGAUGAUUACCAAGGUGCAGCUGGUGGUCCUGGUCCUGGUGGUGCUGGUUCUGGUGCUGGUGCUGGUGUUACUGGUGCUGGUGGUAUAACUGAUAAUAUAAAUCUCAACGAGGAACCCGAUAAUAAUAAUGACGUUCUAAUAGAUUCGCGUUCCGGUAAAUCUAAAUUAGUCGUUAGAAAUGUAUUUCUAACUGUACCGGAACUUAAAAGGGAUAGGGCCGCUUCCGUUGAUUCCUGUUUUAACAAUAAUAAGAACGACAAGUCCGAGAAUUAUUCACAUUCCCUUGACGUUCCGCAACAAAGUAUAAGAUCUAAAAGUGUCGACAUCGUACUACCAACCGAGGUUCAAACAAGAUAUACAGCUUUACUACCUGGAACCAACGAGGCCCGACCUCCAAGAGGAGGAAGGGAAGAAGGUGCCGCUAGUGGUGGUCAACGUGAGGUCCGAUCAACCCCCGAUUGGGGUGGUACUGCAUUUAAUGGUGAACAUUUUUGGGUACCAACAGCUGCGUCCGGUGACUUUUGUUACGUCAAUGAUUGUUCGAAACAUGGACCACGGAUGAAAUGUUCCGCUUGUCGCGUCGUCGUACAUGCACUGUGCGUACCGAGUUUAAAUUUUACCUGCAAGACCAGUUUCCGGGACGUCGGCGUACGCCAAUAUCGCGAACAAACAACGACGAAUCAUCAUUGGGUACAUAGACGUUCGCAAAAGGGAAAAUGUUCUAAUUGCGGUAAAAGUUUCCAAUCGAAGUUAAGCUUUACGUCGAAGGAAAUAGUGGCGGUUAAUUGUAGCUGGUGUAAGGCGGCAUAUCAUAACAAGGAGGCCUGCUUCAAUGUCGACAAAAUCGGUGAGAAUUGUGAACUCGGUGUACACUCUUCUAUUAUCGUACCACCAUCUUGGAUCGUUAAAUUACCGAGAAAGGGUAGCUUCAAGAGUAGCCUAAGAAAAUCACCGAAAAGAAGGAAAAGCGGUAGCGGACCGUCUACUUCUAAUACAAGCCGUAGAAAAUCAAGAGAUAAGGAAAAGGAAAAGGAACAGCAGAAAGAGGAUCAAGGAAAAUUUUGGGCCGUCAAGCCAAUUCCAACUGCUACCGUAAGGCCGGUAUUAGUUUUCAUCAAUCCAAAGUCCGGGGGCAAUCAGGGAGCUAAAUUGUUGCAGAAAUUUCAAUGGCUCUUGAAUCCUCGACAGGUCUUCGAUCUAACACAAGGUGGACCUAAAAUGGGAUUGGAACUCUUCAAGAGGGUACCGAAUUUGCGGGUGUUAGCUUGUGGCGGGGACGGUACGGUCGGUUGGGUCCUAUCUAUCUUGGAUCAAAUCGGUGCCUCAUCGCCACCGGCUGUCGGUGUACUUCCUCUUGGUACCGGAAACGAUUUAGCCAGAGCACUUGGUUGGGGCGGUGGUUAUACCGACGAACCAAUUGGCAAAAUAUUAUCAAGUAUCGGCGAGAGCGAAACGAUAUUAUUGGACAGAUGGCAAUUAGUCGUAGAGAGAAAUCCUGAAAUUCAAAAUGACGACGACAGCGGAAAGGCAAAGGAAAAUCUUCCAUUGAACGUCGUCAAUAAUUAUUUCUCACUUGGCGUAGACGCUCACAUAGCCCUUGAAUUUCACGAGGCCCGAGAGGCACAUCCAGAGAAAUUCAAUUCGAGAUUGAGAAACAAAAUGUUUUAUGGACAAAUGGGCGGUAAAGAUUUGGUACGGAGAAAAUGGAAAGAUCUUUCGGAAUUUGUUACAUUGGAAUGUGACGGACAAGAUUUAACUCCAAAAUUAAAGGAACACCGUGUACACGCUAUAGUAUUUUUAAAUAUUGCCUCGUACGGUGGUGGUACACAUCCAUGGUGCGCUGGUAGUACCACGAAGGAACCAUCUACUGAGGAUGGUUUGAUCGAGGUUGUAGGUUUGACGACUUAUCAAUUGCCUUUAUUACAAGCCGGUGGUCAUGGUACUUGCAUAGCACAAUGUAGCAAAGCCAAAUUGGUUACAACUAGGACCAUUCCUAUGCAGGUCGACGGUGAAGCCUGUCGAUUAUUACCGUCGAUAAUAAAUCUUAGCCUACUUAACAAAGCAACGAUGCUUGCCAAAAGAAGGAACACCGGUCAACCGCAACAGGAUAUUGCCAAAUUGGAAAGAUUAAAUUUACCGGUUAUGAGGAUAAAGAUGUCUGAUUAUGAGACGUAUUAUCAUGACAAGGAGAGAUUAAAAAAAGUUGCCGAAUCAUUGAUACCAGAUUCAUUGGAUUUAGAUGCUACGACAGAUUUGGUAUCCUUAAGGAAUAUCUUAGCGAAAAAUCAUAAUAUGGAUGCUUGUUGUUUCCUCGAUUCUUGUACAGCCGAAAGAUUCUUCAGGAUCGAUCGUGCCCAGGAACAAUUGCAUUAUGUUACCGACGUUGCUGCCGAUGUCGUUUAUAUUCUCGAGGAGAGUAGCCCAAGUCAGGUUGUACCAACGAUAGAGACCGAAAUUAUAGCGGGUCAGGAACCGGAAACGGCUCAUCCUUCGCCUAGCGAAGAACGAUGUCCAAGAGAAAAGCCAGCCAUGACAAAAGCAGGCCCUACUACUACUUCCCCUGACAACGACGAUGGACGAUCCUCAAAGGUCGUCAAAGAGGAUGAAUCCAAUGAAGAUAAACUCGCACAAACGAAGAUUCAAGAGGAACAAGUUACGUCUCCGAAGGGAACCGAGAUCGUCGUAAAAUCUAAAAAAUCUAGAAACGUGACGUUACAACCUAACGUUUCGAAUUUGCCGAAAGAAGAGAUGGAGGAGUUGAAGGAGGAGGAGGAGCAGGAGGAGGAGAAGGAGAAGAAGAGGGAUCAGAAGCAGGAGGACGAAGAUGUCCAGGUCAAGGUCAAACUUGGGACCAAGGAGGACGAAGAUCCAGGAGAAUCGCAGAAUACGAUUAACGUAGGAACGCGUAAAAAGACGAUGGAAGAAGCUAAGGAUGACGAUGGAACUAAAGAAACACCAUCUAAACAAAGUGGUAGCUCGUCUAAGGCAAUAAAUGCAUCUAACGCGGAUAGAUCAGCCGAUCAAACAUCCAUCACAUUUAUCAGUCCACGAGACAGACUAUUCGGGCUGAGCUCCGAGGUUCAUACCUUUAAUACCAGUCUACUCGAAAAGACGUCAGAUGGAAUAUUGAAGGCCGCUAAGAUCGGUGAUUUAACGGCCCUCAAGGAACUCCAUGAAAAGGGAUAUUCCCUUUUGUCUAUCGACACUACUGGACAGACAGCUUUGCAUUUGGCAUCUAGAUAUGGUCAUAAGAAUAUCAUUAGAUUUCUCAUUGCCUGUGCCCCGCCGACGAUCCUCGAUAUUGUUGAUAACGAUAAAGGUCAAACGGCAUUACACAAAGCCGCACAACACAAAAAACGUACGAUCUGUUGCAUGCUCGUUGCCGGUGGUGCAAACCUAACAGUGAAAGAUCGUCACGGUCAUACACCUAGGCAAUUAGCUUUGAUGGCAGAAGAUCGUGAACUUGCGGCGUAUUUGCAAAUUGUAGCCUGUGGCGGUACUACAAUUCGAUGAGAGCCAGUGGAGGGAAAGGGAAAGAAAAAAGAAAAAAAAGGAAAAAAAAAAGGAAAAGAAAAUGAAAGAAAAGCCCAAGAAUAAUUAACGUUAUAAAAAGUAUCCUCGAUGAAAAGAGUAAUCGAUUGUUACAAAUAGUUUAAUCAAAGAGACGAUUGAAAUCAAUUUGAUUGUAAUUAAAAUGCUCUUGAUAAACGACGAACGGACGAAGGUUGAAGAAGAAAAAAAAGAAAGAGAAAAGGAA